AUGAGUGAAAUCAAUAUCGUGGCCAUCUUGUACCCUGUCCAGGGCAAGGAGGAACGCAUGAAGGAGCUGGUCGCAAAGAUGGCCAAGGACGUGCAUGAGAAGGAAGACUACACAUUGCGCUACAUCAUGACGGAACAACUUGGCGUGGAGACGCCAGACAUCGUGAUGAUCGAGACAUACAAGUCCAAGGAGGCGGCCGACCAGCACACUAAGACGUCGCACUUCAAGAGUCUCUUCAGCACCAUGGAAAGCGAGCACUUGAUGGCUAAACCACCGUAUAUCGCGCAGACGAUCAGUAAAGCUGGCUUUGAUCUCGACCGCAAGAUGAUCAGUUAG